GCCGUGAAAGCGCUGGAUUGUUUAUUGAGCUCCCAGAGCCACGCGCCUGGCUCGCGAAGCCGGUGCGCAGAAGAAUCACACAGCGGGGCGGGGCCUUCCAGGGAAGCGUGCAUCUCCGAAGGGGUGGGGUGUAGGACGCGUGUUGAAAAAGAGGAGUACUGCCAAAGUUUGCAGCAGAUCAGCUAGUGGAGUAGGUGCUGUUAAGGUUUGGAUCCAAGUCCUCAGUGCGCUCGAGCCACACGCCCCACGCGAAGGACACGAGAGCAGUGCACUGCCAGCUCUCCCGUUUGUUUUCACUGUGUGUGAGGGUCGCGCAGCCCUUGUCUACAAGUCACCCCAUCGCGCUCCAGACAGAGAUGGAAAGCGGCACAAUAACAGCGACGCAAAUUACGCAAGGUGCAUUUGCAUUCGCCCUGCAAAGUUCGACGCAGGAGUGCGGUAACCCCAACGCAGCCAACAACCAAAGCAAGAGCAAAGUGCUGAAAAGACAGCGCUCGAGUUCCCCGGAGCUCCUGAGGUGCAAGAGGAGACUCAGCUUCAACGGGCUGGGCUACACUAUUCCACAGCAGCAGCCGGUGGCCGUGGCCAGACGAAACGAACGGGAGAGGAACCGGGUCAAACAGGUCAACAUGGGCUUCCAGACGCUGCGCCAGCAUGUUCCCAACGGGGCAGCAAACAAGAAAAUGAGCAAGGUGGAAACGUUGCGCUCCGCUGUCGAGUACAUUCGGGCUCUGCAGCAGCUGCUAGACGAGCACGACGCGGUGUCUGCAGCCUUCCAGUGCGGGGUGCCAUCCCCUACCCUUUCCAACAGCUACUCUGCGGACCCUGAGUCGCCGCACUCCACCUACUCUUCAGACGAAGGGAGCUACGAGCAUCUGAGCUCGGAGGAGCAAGAGCUGCUGGACUUCACCACCUGGUUCGACCGAUAUUGAUGAGCUAUUGCAGGUGCAAUCGGUACCUUAAAGGAUCCCACUGAUGGAUCUGCAGUCGCCGUUGCCACGCUACGGGAGAAGGCAUUACAACUGUCUCUCUGUGCCUCUCUGAACAUCAGAGGCGACUGCCAGGUCGUCCGGCCUAAGGGCACAGCGCAGAGGGACAAGGAGGAUGUCACAGCAAAACCUAUGGAGAUAAUAUUAUUGUCAAACUAAGUGCAAUUAAUUUUAUUUAGUUGGAACCGUAUGGAUUAGUCAGUCUUCACAAUGAUGAAAAUGCGGUAGGCUGGUGGAAGAGAGCUGUACUCGAUACCCGUAUGACUGCCCUGCUGUGAAACACUAAAGACUUAAGAUCAACUUUAGAUAAGUAGUCAGCUGUUCUGGGGAUUCAACGAUCCAUUUGAUUUUCAAAUUUCUGUUUGUCAUUUUAUGUACAUUUACGUUUUUUUUUUUUUGUAUUAUUGAGCAGUUUGAAUUAAAUGAAGACUUAUUUUUGUAAACAAACGAACAAAUGUAUCAGAAACGUAACACUGCCACCUUUAAGUGUGAGUGCGUUUGAGAUUUCGGGAAAUGCUGAAGAGAAACGUUUUUCUUCAUAGAUAGAUCUAAAAACACUGUUCGAAUCGCUGGAUUUUUAUUAUUAUUAUUUUUGUAUAGUAUGUUUGAACUGAAUUGCUAUGGCAGUAAUACUGACGCUUGUUAGACUGAUUGAAGGCUUUUACGCUGUAUGGAGGACUUCAAAUGUAUGCACUUCUGUUCCCCGUUUUUCAUACUAAAUGUAUAUAUGCAAUUUUUAACAGAAUUAUCAUAUUUUAUGUAAACAAGCUUUAUAAAUAAAGAAUACUCUAUUUAUACUAAAUAUUAGCCUAUAUAGUGUGAUAUUUGUAAUACAU